GUGAUCUUCCACACAGCGGCCUAGAAGUUGGGAAAAGAGAUGCAAGGGAAGAAAGUGAGUCUGCACCAGAUCCAGACACUUCAGAUAAAACAGCAGAACAAACAAGAGAAAGAAGGACAGGUGGGCAAGCGGAAGUUUUCGCUGCAGAUCAAGACACCUCAAAUAAAACAAGAGAAAAAACGAAAGGAGACAAGAAAAAAGUUCAAGCAGCAGCUUUAGACACUUCAAGUGAAACAAGAGGACAAACACAGGGAGAUGAGGGAGUAGUGCAAGCAGCAGAAAAGGCUCCAUGUAGUUCAAAUGAUAAAGAAGAAACACAAAGGAAGGCGGUUUUGGUGGCAACUGAUAAUCUUCCACACAGUGGCUCAGAAGUUGGGAAAAGAGAAGGAAGGGAACAAAGUGAGUCUGCACCAGCUAAGCAGAAUGUAUUAAAAACUGAAGAGACAAAGAAGAACUUGUUAAGUGGUUUUUUGCCAUCAAUUGCCUGCAAAUUCAGAAGGACAGACAAAAUCAAAAUGCAAGAAAUGCUGGAAGAAAGUGAAAGGGGUAAAGCUCUACACAGCUCCCUAAAAUGUGAAGAAACAGAGGGGAAUAAAAAAGGAGAGUCUGUACGAGGUGCAGCUGCAUAUGUUUCAACAAAACAAGCACAGAGAAAUACAAAAGAAGUUUGGACAGCAACAGAAAAAGCUCGAAACACCACUUUAAAGAGUAAAACAACUGAUGGGAAUGAAGAAACAAAGUUUUUUCAAGGCGGCACUCCUGUGAGCGAGGACAACAAGGAAUUGAAUCAGUUACACUCUGCUGAAAGAGACAGUAACUUCACUGAGAUGAAAUUGACGCUGCCUCGUGGAUUUUCUGUUGACUCCAGGAACGCAAAAGGCACAACGCCGCUAAUGAAUGCUGCUUUGAAUGGCAACGUUCAAGUGGUGAAAAGUCCCAACAUUGAGUCAAAAACAGGCGAGGGUUACACGCCACUAAUGGUGGCGGCUUUCACUAGCAAAUUACAUGCAGUGAAAUGGUUUCUUGAGAAGGGGGCAAUUGUAGCCUGUGAAUGCAACAGAGGGUGGAACACGUUACAUUUUGCCGCACAGGGCGGAGACACUGAUAUUAUAUCUCUAAUUCAUACUCACCUGCCCAACAUUGAGUCAAAAACAGGCAAGGGUCACACGCCACUAAUGUUGGCGGCUUUGUAUGGCGACUUACAUGCAGUGAAAUGGUUUCUUGAGAAGGGAGCAACUGUAGCGAAUGAAUGCAACAGAGGAUGGAACACGUUACAUUAUGCCGCAGAGAGGGGAGACACUGAUAUUAUAUCUCUAAUCCAUACUCACCUGCCCAACAUUGAGUCAAAAACAGGCGAGGGUCACACGCCACUAAUAGUGGCGGCUUUGUGUGGCAAAUUACAUGCAGUGAAAUGGUUUCUUGAGAAGGGGGUAACUGUAAAUUGUGAUAGCAACCGAGGAUGGAAUACAUUACAUUUUGCCGCAAAGGGCAGUGACCCUGAUACCAUUGAUCUUAUCCUUACUCACCUGCCGGACAUUGAGUCAAAAACAGCUGAUGGUAAAACACCUCUUAUCAUCGCUGUUCUUCAUGGUAAGCUGCAGGGUGUAAAGUGUCUUCUUGAGAGGGGAGCCAAUCCUUCGGCUAAAGAUAACGAUGGACAGGACUCUUUACAUCAUGCAUCAUCAUUGGACUCGGAUAUCUUUGACUUACUGCUGAGUCACGUGCCUUGAAGUGAGUCAACAACGGGCAAUGAUUAACUCAGAUUGCAGAUUGCGUGGUGUUGUCAAUAGUUGAUGUUCUUGUGUGGCUUGUACUAUACAGGAAAAACUGUCAGUGUUGGAGAUUUUUGAAAAUGAACACACUCUGGUCACAGCCUGAAGUAUAUGUCUGUACAAUAUUGCCGGUGAUUUUAUUUCUAUGUAGUUAAACGUUUUUAAAAUUGAUAUGAUGUAAUGUAUAUUUCACAACUACGAGGUUGUUUUUUUUUACUAGAAGGCAUUAAUUUCGAAGACAGAAGUAAAGAUUUCUGCAAUGUUACCGGCCUCUUUAUUUUUUCCUUAUU